UAGCUUUGAAAAAAAAGCAACACAGCAGUGCAUAAAAAAUGAGAUCGAAGAAGACGAAGAACUCAGGUUGCAAUAAACAGUGGCAAUUCUGUUCCAUCAACGUUAAAAAAAAUCAAUCUAUCGAUGUGUCAUCGCGAUUCUGCUGCAGUCCACACUCAUAAUGCAUAACAAGAGAAGUCCCAAACAGGGAACUUUUAUCAACUUUUAUUCCACCCUUCCGAGAGAAAUUGGAAAAGGCGGCGCAAGCGCGUCGAUAUUUUCCUUGGAACAGUCAUCAACUUAUAAACCGUCAGUAUUAAGAGAACUUUCAAGUUCUAACAAAGCAGAGUAAUCAUGUCGUCUAUCAAAGUCGACCAAGAUUACAAGAAGGGCGUAAAUUUAAGCAUUCGAAGCAGUCGUUGGAUAUUAAAACUGAUCGGCGUGUGGCCAAAUUCUCGGGACGCUUCGGCGGUAAAAAAGUAUUUUCGCGUGCUAUUAAACGCCAUUUAUUACGCUUUGAUCAUGUUUCUCUUGUUACCUGGAAGCUUGUACGUAAUUCUCGAAGUGGAAGACGUUUAUAACAGAAUUAAACUAUUCGGCCCAUUGAGCUUCUGCGUGAUGGCGCUUUUAAAGUAUUAUCUUCUGAUACUUCACGAAGAAGACAUUCGCGAGUGCGUUGAACGUAUCGAAUGGGAUUGGAAAAAUAUCACGUACCCUAAAGACAGAGAGCUCAUGAUGACGAAUGCUAACUUUGGAAGAAAACUAGUCAUCGCGUGCACCUUUUUCAUGUACAGUGGUUUCAUCUUUUUUUACAUUGCUGUACCGAUGAGCGUUGAAAGAAUACCAAUAGAGGGAACCAAUGCAACAUUCAUCCCCAUGGUGUUCCCCUUCUCGAGAUUUAUCAUCGACACUCGUUACAGUCCUACGAAUGAGAUAGUGUUUUCUAUUCAAUUUUUGGCUGGCGCUCUGAUGCAUGGUAUAACUUCAGCCGCUUGCAGUUUGGCUGCAGUAUUUGCUGUACACGCCUGCGGCCAAAUGCAGGUGUUGAUGACUUGGCUAAACCAUUUGAUAGAUGGUAGAUUAGACAUGCAUGAUUGCGUCGAUCAGCGAAUCGCCAAGAUCGUGAGUCAACACGUUCGAAUAUUGAAGUGUGAAUGGAAUUCGAAUCAUCUAACAGACGUCAUGACUUACAGUGUGUUACUUGUAUCCCUUACAUUUAAUAUUUUUAUAUUUUGUUACAUAGGAGAACUCGUGGCUGAUAAGUCUAGAAAAGUAGGAGAAAUGACGUACAUGAUUGAAUGGUAUCGAUUAUAUGGAAAGAAAAAACUAUGUUGCGUCUUGAUAAUCGCAAUGUCCGAUUCGUCGAGAAAACUGACAGCAGGGAACAUGGUGGAAUUGUCUAUGAGUACUUUUUCCGAUGUAAGUAUCAAUUUAGAGAUCAUUAUAAUUACAUUUCUAUAAACUGACCAAAGUAUUCUGUGCAAAUAGGUAGUUAAAACAUCGGUUGCUUUCUUAAACGUGCUACGAACAUUAACUUGAACAUUCUUGGAAACACGAUCUGAUGUAGAAUCUAUUAUUCUUUUCUUUUUUUUUAUCAAAAAUAACUUAAGUAAUUACUGAUCUUUUUCUUAUGAAAAAUAAGAAUCGUACGACGUCGUUGUCACCGUGUUAAAACCUAAGAAAAAGGUAUUUUGAUUAUAAAGAUGAAUAAAACAGUCCAUAGCUCAAGUUGGUGACAUAGUAACACUCUCUUCACUUUCUCAGUUUUCACUGUGAUUUUGUUCUUUUAUUUGAGAAGCGGAAAAAAACGAUAAUACACGCACAACAAUCGAAGACUACGGAUGAAGAACGAUAAGUCACAUUUUCCAUUUUUCACACGAGAGCAGUUUUACAAUUCAGUACGUUAUCAAUUAAUUCCAUGAUACCAGAAUUUUCCUUUUACUUAUCUUUUCACAGUCCCUUUGUAACAUUAACAACAUUGCUUAUCAUAGCAUUGCAAUAAUGAAAAUAUUAAAGCAAUAUUUACCUUAACAGUUACAGUCUUGACUUGUAUAAAACUUCUUCGACAAUAUCACUAGAUCAACAGGUCUCUUUUUUACAUUUAAUUAUCUUAUGCGAAAAUGAUACUUUUUAAUUAUAAGAUUAUGAUGUUAAAAUUAAAAAAUCGUCAAAAAUAUGUUUAUCAUGUUUUUCUGUGAUCUUGAAAUACCUUCGAGGAAUAUCAGUAAGAUUGAUUUACUGACGCUUGACAAGUCAAUGAAUCGAUGUUUCGCCGCUAUUCGCCCUACCAUAUGCAUUCAUAAUGC